AUGCCCGUCAAAGUAGAUUCGAGCCGCUGUUGCUCGCCUACGCCGUUCGAUGCCGAUUUGCUCACCGACUUUGAGCAGGAGUUAGUCAACGACUGUCUUUCCAAUCUGGACGUCGACAUGUGGGGCAACCUAACACCGCCCGCCUCGCCGCAGAUCAAGCUCGACUUUAUGGAUCUAAAUCUAGACAACCUUCUCGAUGACAGCGACGAGAUGAUGAUGGACUUUGACCAGAAGCUCACUUUGAUCAACCACGACUGCAUGUGGUCAGGCCAGUGCUCAGAGGGCCACUGCAACUCUUCUGCGAAGCCGUCCACCAGCUGCACCAGCAAUUCCUCAUUGAACAUGAGCAGCUCCUGGACUCGCCCCGACACUCCUGGCACUUUCAAUCUUUCCACUUCGCCCAUCACCAACAAUCUGCUCGGCGACCUCACAUACUCUGACUUUGCUGACCUCUCCGAGCUGACCAGUCUCCUCGAGAGCGACCUGUCUUCUUCACCCCAGUCACAUAGCCUGCUCCAGCCGCAGCAACAGCAGCAAUCGUUUCAGCAACAGUCUGGCAAUGUCUUUGCCGGCAUGGCAAAUGACCACUCGUACGAGAGCUCCAGUCCAGUGUCGACCAUUAAGGAGGAAGUCGAGGAUGAGAUUAUCGUCAAAAAAGAGUCGAGCCUGCUAAGUAAGAAUCCCAUUAAGAUUCUCAAUGCCGGUAAAAUUAACAAGAUGAAGUGCAAAAAGAUCUCCGGCGGAGCACACAAGAACAGCACUUCACUCCUCACCCCAACAAACAUCAUCUAUCGACCUUCUUCAUCCUCGCUCAUCAGCAAGGGAGAGACGAGCAUUGUCCAAAAGCCCCAGAUUUUUCAGGUGGCAAACUUUAAAAAUCUGCCAGAGAACACAAUCCACGGCAAGGUGUCAUACAAGGUGACUUCAAUCAAGAAGACCAAGGGGCAGCCAAAUAAAACAUACCUUGCUGACGUAAAGACCAACGGAACCACCACAAAGCUCUCCAACAACCGACUUGUUCAUGUUAAGAAAGUGCACCAAUUUGCUAGCAACAUCAGCACGCUGAUCAGUCCCAACACCUCGGACUCUGAGGAGAGCUCCAUCUCCGGCUCCGGAUCUUCGAGUGGCGACGACAACCGAAAGAACUCUCCGCCCUUCCGCCGUCGCGAGCACAAUGACUCUGAGCGAAAGCGUCGCGAUCACCUGCGCAACUCCUUCAACAACCUGAAGGACCAGAUUCCGAAGCUCAAGUCGGCGGAGAAGAGGCCGCCGCGCAUCAUGAUCCUCCACGAGGCGACCAACUACGUGACUUCGCUAAUCAACACCAACUACAAUCUGGAGAAGACGCUCGAGGCGGAGAAGGAGAAGAAGAAGCGGCUGAUGAAUCUGCUGAAGAGCAUGCAGCAGGACUC